UGUGUCCCCACAGCCCUGUCACGAAUCCCGGUCGGGUUCUGGGCAGGACCGCCACGGCGUAGCGGGCCGGCUGCGGCUCGGUGGUGGAGGACCCUCGCUCGGUUUUCCGUCCGGGGCUGGGCCCGGGGGCGGUUUUAAACCAGAGAGAUGAUAUGCAUUCCCAGUACAUUCUAAGUGGCCAAUAGCAAUAUCUGUAAAUGCAUCAGUGUUCCCAGGAAAUGUGUUUGUGUAUUCUAGUAGUACCAGGUGCUUCGACAGGAACUGAUGACCCUCAGUGAUGUGGCUGGGGACUUCAGGGACAAGUGGGUUACCUGGACACUGCUUAGAGAGUCCUCUUCAGGGAUACCGCCCAGCACAGAUACAAGAAUGGGCUCCCAAAGGGAUUUCGAAACCAAGUGUAAUCUCCCAGCUGGAGCAGAAAGAAGAGGCAUGGGUCCUUCCACUGCAAAAUUUUGAGGCAAGGAAGAUCCUGAGGGAAAGUCACACAGAAUUUAAGCAUCAGGUGGUACAACUCGAUCAGGACGUUUCCGAAACUGCAGAACCAUGUGGAACAUCCUCAGAAGGGGCCAAUAAAGAUAUUUCUCCUCCUCCUAGCUGGGGAGGAAACUGGGAGAGGGGUCUUGAGUUAGAAGGGCAGCAUGGUACCCUCUUGGGAGAGGGUCAGCAGGGGCCCUUUUCACAGGAGAAGGAAUUAAACAAGCUCCUGGAAGGAUAUAUAGGAAAGAAGCUGGUGUGUGUGGAAUGUGGGAGAAGCUUUAACCAGAGCUCCUAUCUCAUAAGGCACCGAAGAACCCAUACUGGCGAGAGGCCCUAUAAGUGCAUGGAGUGUGGGAAAGGCUUCAAACAGAGUUCAGACCUCAUCACCCACCGCAGAACACACACAGGAGAGAAACCCUACCAGUGCCACAGGUGUGAGAAAAAAUUCAGCGACAGCUCGACCCUCAUCAAACAUCAGAGAACCCACACGGGCGAGAGACCCCACCAGUGCCCUGAGUGUGGGAAGACUUUUGCACGGAAACCUCACCUCACGGUGCACCAGAGAACCCACACCGGGGAGAAGCCCUACGUGUGCCUUCAGUGUCACAAGAGCUUCAGUCGAAGCUCCAAUUUCAUCACCCACCAGAGGACCCACACCGGAGUGAAGCCCUACAGGUGUCGCGACUGCGGGGAGAGUUUCGGCCAGAGCUCGGAUCUGAUUAAGCACCAGCGGACCCACACGGGAGAGCGGCCCUUCAAGUGCCCCGAGUGCGGGAAGGGCUUCCGAGAUAGCUCUCAUUUUGUGGCCCACAUGAGCACUCACUCGGGAGAAAGGCCUUUCAGCUGUCCUUACUGCCACAAGAGUUUCAGUCAGAGCUCGCACCUGGUCACGCACCAGAGGACACACACGGGCGAGAGGCCUUUUAAGUGCGAUGGCUGUGGGAAGGGUUUUGCCGACAGCUCUGCCCUGGUCAAGCACCAGCGGAUCCACACCGGAGAAAGACCCUAUAAAUGUGGCGAAUGCGGCAAGAGCUUCAACCAGAGCUCUCACUUCAUCACCCACCAGCGGAUCCACUUGGGAGACAGACCCUAUCGCUGCCCCGAGUGCGGCAAAACCUUCAAUCAGCGUUCCCAUUUCCUCACACACCAGAGAACGCACACAGGAGAGAAACCCUUUCACUGCAGUGAAUGCGACAAGAGCUUCCGGCAGAAAGCACACCUUUUGUGCCAUCAGAACACUCACCUGAUGUAGGAAAUAGUCUUUCGUGCUUCUCCUCCCUUCCAAAUUUCCGUCGCUGUUGUCUUUGUUUCUGUUUUUUCUUGGCUGCGCUGCAAGGCACAUGGAACCUUAAUUCUCUAUGUGCAUGCUCGGUCGCUCAGUCAUGUCCAACUCUUUGCAACUCCAUGGACUGUAGCCCGCCAGCUCCUCUGUCCAUGGGAGUUCCCAGGCAAGAAUACUGGAGUGGACUGCCAUUUCCUUCUCCAGAGGAUCUUCCCGACCCAGGGAUGGAGACCAAGGGUCAAACCUUGCAUUAGAAGUUCGGAGUUUCAGCCACUGGACCACCAGGAGGUCCCACUGCUAUUAUCUCUAAGUGCUCCAAAUAGAGAAAAGCUGAGCAUUGGUAGCUCAUGUCAGGUCCUAAUCUGUUCUCUUUUUCUGUUUUUUCAUGGCAAGGAUAAACCUAGAGGGUCCAAACAGUGUUCUAAACACAAAAAGCAUUCCUUCAGUGUUUUUGACUGACUCAUAGAGAAAUGUGAGUUUUGUGGUUGAUGCCUGGUUACUAAAAGAGAAGUGAGAUAAAUGUAGUCAUUCUAUCAUUGUGUGUGUGCUAAGUCCCUUUGGUCCUAUCUAACUCUUUGUGACCCCAUGGGACUGUAGGUCACCAGGCUCCUCUGGCCAUGUGAUUCUCCAGGCAAGAAUACUGGAGUGGGUUGCCAUUUCCUCCUCCGGGGAUCUUCCUGACCCAGGGAUCCAACCCAGGUUGCUUGCAUUGCUGGCAGAUUCUUUACCGCUGAGCCAACAGGGAAGCCCUAAAUGACUCAUUAUGGGUCAUGUAAUUAACUCACAGAAAAACCAGAAUCUGUCUGCAGGUCUCCUCUUCCACAACAUGGAACAGACCAGCUCUGGGAUUUGUUAGAGCAUCUCUGAGACACCACACAACUGAAGGAACCAUAUUAUGUCCAUUAAACCACUCUGAAAUUGGAGAAGAUGUGGGGAGGUAGCCUAGGUUCCCAAUAACUUUACAGGGUCCGAUGCUGGGGUCCUUGAUCCUCAUGGAAGAUGUAAGUGGGUAAGGAGGGAGUUGGGUAUUGAACACUCUGGAGAGAAAAGUGGGAGACUGAAGGUUUUUCUUUCAAGCUUUCCUAUGUCAAUACAGACUAACAGAUCAGCCUUGGAACACUAGUUCUCUUCCAGUAUAUGGAGUGCCAUCUGAGUGCUAAAACAGGGGCUAGAACUCAGAUGAUGACCUAAACACUUUCUUUAAUAGAUAAUUGAUCAGGGGGACUUCCCUGGUGGUCCAGUGGCUGAGGCUCCAUGCUCCCAGUGCAGGGGGUCCAGGUUCUGUCCUUGGUCAGGGAACUAGAUCCCACCUGCCAAAACUAAGCAUUCAAAUACCACAACUAAAGAUUCUGCAUGCCUCAAUGAAGUGCUGGUGCAGUCAAAUAAAUAAAAAUAAGUAUUAAAAAAUUUAUGUCAUUUAUUGUGCCCAUCUUUGCAUGAAAUGUUCCCUUGGUAUCUCUGAUUUUCUUGAAGAGAUCUCUAGCCUUUCCCAUUCUAUUGUUUUCCUCUAUUUCUUUGCAUUGAUCAUUGAGGAAGGCUUUCUUAUCUCUCCUUGCUAUUCUUUGGAACUCUGCAAAAACCCAGUCAACCCUCAAGGAAAUCAGUCCUGAACAUUCAUUGGAAGGACUGAUGCUGAAACUGAAACUCCAAUACUUUGACCACCUGAUACGAAGAACUGACUCAUUGGAAAAGACCCUGAUGCUGGGAAAGAUUGAAGGCAAGAGGAUAAGGGGACGACAGAGGAUGAAAGUUGGAGAGCAUCACUGACUUGAUGAACAUGAGUUUGAGCAAGCUUCAGGAGUUGGUGAUGGACAAGGAAGCCUGGUGUGCUGCAGUCCAUGGGGUUGCAAAGAAUCAGACACGAGUGAGUGAUUAAACUGAACUGAAAGUAUUAAAAAAUAGAUAAUUGAAUGGGAAAAAAAAUCUGGUUAAUUCAGUGCUAUAAGUUCAUAAAAUGUGAUCCCUGACCAGCAGCAUUAUCAUCAUCUGGGAACUUGUUAGAAAUGCAAGUUCUAAGUCCCCAUCCCAGACUUACUGAAUUGGAAGCUAGGGGUGGGACCUAACAAUAUGUGUUUUAUUUAAAAAUUUUUUUCAAAGAUUUUUUUUUAAUGUGGACCAUUUUUUAAAAAGUCUUUAUUGGAUUUGUUACAAUAUUGCUUCUGUUUUUUUUUUUUUUUUUAACUUUGCUUUUCUCACCGCAAGCUCCAUGGGAUCUUUGCUCCCUGACCACAGAUCAAACCUGUGUUGCCUGCAUUGGAAGGCAAAGUAUUAACCACUGGACUACAAGGAAAGUCCCACAACAUGUGUUUUAAUAAGCCCUCCAGGUGAUUAUUAUGCAUGCCCAAGUUUGAGAACCACAGCUUUAAAAGAUAGCUCUUCUACUAAAGGCAGCCACAGUACUAUUAUUGUUCCUACAAAAAAUUAACAAGAUUUUGUAAUACUCCAAAUACUAAUACAAAUACUGCAGUCAGUGUUCACAUUUCCCUAAUUAUCUUAUGUUUUUUUAUUUUUAUUUUUACUUUACAUGUCUUUUGGUCGUGCUGAAUGGUUUUCAGGAUCUUAGUUCCCUGACCAGGGAUUGAACUCAGGCAGAGUCCUAACUGCUGGACCACCAGGGAAGUCCCCGUUUUUAUUUUUCAGUUUGUUUUGAAUCAAAAUCCAGAUAAGAUCUUUGCAUUCAACUGAUUGAUAUGUUCCUUACAGAAGUCAUCUCUCUUCUCUCUCCUUUCCUUGUAUUUCAUUUGUUGGGAAAAACAAAAACAAAAACAAAAAACUUGUCCUUUAAGUGUCUACAGGUCUGUAUUUUGCUAAUUUCAACCUAUGGGAUCCUUUAACAUGCUCCUCAUCAUCUGCUUUCCUAAUGUUGGUAGUUGGAUCUGUAAAUAUGAUCAGAUUCAGAUUUAGGGAAGGGUAAGGCAAGAAUGGGCUUCCCUGGUAGCUCAGUGGUAAACAAUCUGGCUGCCAGUGCAGGAGAUGUGAGAUCAAUCCCUGGGUCAUUAAGAUCCCCUGGAGAAGGAAAUGGUAACCCUCUCCAGUAUUGUUGCCUGGGGAAUAAAAAGAUCCUGAUGCUGGGAAAGAUUGAAGGCAAAAGGAGAAGGGGGAGGCAGAGGAUGAGAUGGUUGGAUAUCAUCACCAACUCAGUGGACGUGAAUUUGAGCAAACUCCAGGAGACAAUGUAGAACAGAGGAGUCUGGUGGGCUCCAGUCCAUGGGGUCGCAAAGACCCGAACAUGACUGAGUGACUAAACAACAACAAUAUGGGCAAUAACACUCCAUAGUGAUCUUAUGCACUUCUGUCAGGAAGCACCUGAUACCUCUUUUUGUCUCUUUUCUUAUGAAGUUGGCUACCAUUGAUAAGCCCUUAUUUCACUUGGGUUUGCCAAAUGCUUUUAUAUCUGUCAUCCUUCUUCAUCUAUUAGCUGAAAUACUUUUUUUUUUUUCUCAUUUUUGCAACAAGCUUUUAUUACUUUUUUGAAAUACUUCUUUAAAGAGAACUCCCCCAAUCAACUAUUUGGUUUCCCUGAGGUACAGCUUGUAUAGGAACAACAGUUGCUUGAUUAGAACCCCUCUGAUUUCUUCUUAAUAAAAGUAUAUAAAUGUGGGCCUCCAUGCCUUAGAUUUUAAAUGCCUUCCAGUGAGAGACUCUGCUCUGACAGGACAUUUAUAAAUGCAUAAGUCUCAGAAUAAAUUUCUUCUAAUGGCCUCUGAUGUUUUUCUCCUGCUUACACCCCUCUAGUUUGACUAGGUUCUCCAGAAAGCCGUGUGCUAAAGAGCUCAGAAAACACUUGAGUGAUUCCUUAGGGAUGGACUUGCUAAGUUGCCAAUUAAUAUUGGGUUGACCAAAGAGUUGGUUCAGGUUUUUCCAUAAGAUGUUACAGUAAAAUCUGAAG